CAGUGUAGUGGAAUGUAGUUGCCAUUAGUGGGAGUUGAAGUGUGGCUGGCUAACAGUUAGCCUACUAAGUUGAGUUUGAGCUGAAAGCGCAAAGAAGAGGAAUGAAAACAUGCCUCACUUCACAGUCGUACCAGUAAAGGAUCAGGCUCAGUCCAGCUAUGACAGUUUGGAAGGGAUUAACUGGGUUGAUUACAGGGACACUGGGCAGGACUGCCCUGACCAUCAAGAUGGUGCUGAUGGACAUGGGAAUCAUAAAGAGGAUAGCCCUUUCCUUAGCAGUGCUGAUACCUCUGGCAGGAGGAACGACUUCUAUGACAGAAACCUGGCAUUAUUUGAGGAAGAGCUUGACAUCCGGCCGAAGGUUUCCUCUCUGCUCAGCCGCUUGGUCAACUACACUAAUAUCACACAGGGUGCCAAGGAGCAUGAAGAGGAAGAAAGUGCUGAGGCCUCACGGAGGAAGACCCCCAAGUCCCCCAACAUGGGAACUCUGAUGGGCGUCUACCUGCCGUGUCUCCAGAACAUCUUUGGGGUCAUUCUCUUCCUUCGACUCACUUGGAUUGUGGGAAUGGCCGGCAUCAUACAGUCUCUUCUGAUUGUCCUGAUGUGCUGCUCAUGUACAAUGCUAACAGCCAUAUCUAUGAGUGCCAUUGCUACUAAUGGCGUUGUUCCAGCUGGAGGAGCAUAUUUCAUGAUCUCACGCUCACUUGGCCCUGAGUUUGGAGGAGCUGUGGGGCUCUGCUUCUACUUGGGCACCACCUUUGCCUCUGCAAUGUACAUUCUUGGAGCCAUUGAAAUCUUCUUGAAAUAUCUGGUUCCUCAGGCAGCUAUUUUUCAUUCCAGUGAUCACCUUGGCCGUGACAGUGCCCUGCUAAACAACAUGCGAGUGUACGGAACGCUGUGCCUCAGUCUCAUGGCUGUGGUGGUUUUUGUGGGGGUCAAAUAUGUCAACAAGUUGGCAUCCCUUUUCCUGGCUUGUGUUAUUAUCUCAAUUGUCUCCAUCUAUGCAGGGGCAAUAAAAUCCAUGACGCAUCCACCAAAAUUCCCGAUAUGCAUGUUGGGCAACAGGACGUUGGUGAGAGAUGGUUUUGAUGUAUGUGCUAAAACUGAGGUAAAGGGGAACUUUACGGAGCCCAGUCAACUGUGGAAUCGGUUCUGCGUUGGUGGGAACUUGAGCAGUGCUCAGUGUGAUGACUAUUUCAUCCAGAACAACGUGACAGAGAUACAGGGCAUCCCUGGACUGGGCAGUGGGAUUAUCAGAGAAAACAUGUGGAGCAACUACUUACAGAAGGGGGAGAUCUUGGAAAAAGCAGGGCUGCGGUCAGCAGAUGCUCAUAGUCCCUUAGAGAACUUUGUCAACUAUGUGUCGGCAGACAUUGCUACAUCCUUCACACUUUUGGUGGGGAUCUUUUUCCCAUCUGCCACGGGUAUCAUGGCAGGCUCUAACAGAUCUGGUGAUCUCAGGGACGCUCAGAAGUCCAUUCCAGUGGGAACAAUUUUAGCCAUUACAACUACUUCUCUUGUUUAUUUAAGUUCUGUGGUCCUGUUUGGGUCCUGUAUAGAAGGAGUAGUCCUGAGGGACAAAUUUGGAAAUGCUGUACAACAGAACCUUGUCGUUGGCACUCUCUCCUGGCCAUCUCCUUGGGUUAUUGUCAUUGGCUCUUUCUUCUCUACUGUUGGAGCGGGCCUGCAGUCCCUCACUGGUGCUCCACGGCUUCUACAAGCUAUUGCCAAGGACAACAUUAUUCCCUUCCUUAGGGUGUUUGGUCACGGAAAGGCUAAUGGAGAGCCAACGUGGGCUCUGCUGCUAACUGGCCUUAUAGCUGAGCUGGGGAUACUGAUUGCCUCAUUGGACAUGGUCGCUCCCAUCCUGUCCAUGUUCUUCUUGAUGUGCUAUCUCUUUGUAAACUUGGCUUGUGCAGUGCAAACUCUCUUACGGACACCCAACUGGAGGCCAAGAUUCAAAUAUUACCACUGGGCGUUAUCAUUUCUUGGCAUGAGUAUGUGUCUGGCUCUCAUGUUCAUAUCCUCCUGGUACUAUGCCAUAGUGGCCAUGGGCAUUGCAGGAAUGAUCUACAAAUACAUUGAAUACCAAGGGGCAGAGAAGGAGUGGGGAGAUGGAAUAAGAGGACUGUCUCUCAGUGGUGCACGUUAUGCCCUGCUGAGGCUGGAAGCUGGACCUCCCCACACCAAGAACUGGAGGCCACAGUUACUGGUUCUGUUGAAGCUAGAUGAGGACCUCCAUGUGAAAUAUCCACGAAUGCUCACCUUCGCCUCACAGCUAAAGGCAGGAAAGGGUCUGACCAUCGUUGGCUCUGUCAUCCAGGGAAACUUUUUGGACAGCUAUGGCGAAAUGCAAGCAGCUGAACAGGCCAUUAAGAACAUGAUGGAGAUUGAGCGGGUCAAAGGUUUCUGUCAAGUUGUUGUGGCAACUAAGGUACGAGAAGGUAUAGCCCACCUGAUCCAGUCCUGCGGUCUGGGUGGGAUGAAACACAACACCGUGGUUAUGGGUUGGCCAUACGGCUGGAGACAGAGCGAAGACCCUCGAGCCUGGAAAACCUUUAUCAACACAGUCCGCUGCACAACAGCUGCCCACCUGGCCCUGAUGGUCCCCAAAAAUGUGUCGUUUUAUCCAAGCAACCAUGAACGCUUCACAGAUGGGAACAUUGAUGUGUGGUGGAUUGUUCAUGACGGAGGAAUGCUGAUGCUGCUGCCUUUCCUGCUCAAACAGCACAAGGUGUGGAGAAAAUGCAAAAUGCGCAUCUUCACUGUGGCCCAGAUGGAUGACAACAGCAUCCAGAUGAAGAAAGACCUGGCCACAUUCCUGUACCAGCUGAGAAUAGAGGCAGAGGUGGAGGUGGUGGAGAUGCAUGACAGUGAUAUCUCAGCUUACACUUAUGAAAGAACACUAAUGAUGGAGCAAAGGUCCCAGAUGUUACGGCAAAUGAGGCUAUCCAGUGCAGAAAGACAAAGAGAGGCCCAGCUGGUUAAAGACAGACAUUCACUGGUGCGUAUGGGCAGUCUGUACUCCGAUGAAGAGGAGGAUGUGAUGGAGGUUCCUCCAGAGAAAGUCCAGAUGACCUGGACCAAAGAGAAGUGUGAGGCUGAAAGGCGAAACCGAAACAAUGCUCCUGAGAACUUCAGAGAACUCAUGAGCCUCAAACCGGAUCAGUCCAAUGUGCGCCGCAUGCAUACAGCUGUGAAACUUAAUGAAGUAAUAGUUAACAGAUCUCACGAUGCCCGAUUAGUGCUGCUCAACAUGCCAGGCCCACCACGCAAUACAGAUGGAGACGAAAACUAUAUGGAGUUUCUGGAAGUGCUAACCGAGGGUUUGGAAAGAGUCAUGUUGGUGAGAGGAGGAGGGCGAGAGGUCAUCACUAUCUACUCAUAACCAGCUAGGAGUUGUUAUGGGCAGUGACAUACAUUCCAACAUGGGACAGAAAGUGACACAUGCUUUGCUUUUAAGCUAUGAGGUGAAGGUUAGGAACAGAGAAGGGGGAGAGUUAAACUUUUGGGAGCAAAAGAGGUUGAUUCUAUUCUUGUAGAAUAUUUAUAAAUGCUAAAACCUGUCAUCCUGUUUUUUCAUUACGAAUGAAAGCAGUCAUUAGUUUCCUUAGAAUUCACUUUCAAUUGACAAACCUCCGUCAUUUGCGUGGGCUGUAGAUCAAACACAGUGUCUUGUCAUGAACUUGUAUUUUACUGUUUGGCCUGCAAGUCAAACAGAAACAAGAGCAGCCAGAUCUCAUGUCAGAGCUUGUUGUUGUAGCAAUAUUUGUCUACUAGACAAAAACCUUCUCCAAUUUAUUUCUCUACCCAAUGAUGCUAUGUAUAAAUAUCUGGAUCUGUUGUAUUUCACAUGAAUAAAUUCCUUCUCACAGACAAAUACAUAUUAAGAACAUAUGAGGAUGUACAAUUUUACAGUUUAAGAGGGGUAAUAUGAUUUCAAUCUGUUCAUCUUUCAACAGGUCUCAGAUUCUGCACAUACACAAGCAUAUGGUUACUUUAUUGCUCCGAUUGGAGAAGCGUUUAAAAAUUUAAAAAAUUCUGAGGCCAAUCAUUAUUUGCAGUAGCCUGGGUUCCAGUGUCACUGUGGUGGAAAAUAGAGAUGGCACAUUGUGUUCGUAAGACCGAGGUAAUCUUGCAGUCAUGCAGCUGCAACAUUAGAGACCUAAAACUUUAUCAUAUACCCAAAUUCACACCUGAUGCUCCUUCUGCAAUAAGACAACUAGUGGAGGUCUAAAGGUUCAUGCCAGUAAGUGUGGUUAUAGAAACCCUAAAAAACACCAAAAUGUAUCUGCACUGCACUGAAUUCCUUCAAAAGUAUUUUGUUACAUCUGAACAGCUACCAAAACAAAUAUGCUUUUCUGUAACAUCAUAUUGGAUGUCAUUCCCACAAUCCAUACCAGCAAUACUGCCAGGAAAAUGGUGAAUAAUAUGAAUAUUAAAUUAGAUUGUCAGAAGAUCUUUUAGCAAAUUGUUUUCUUAAAGGGCAUUACCGCCUCCAGGAAACCCAAUCAUGAUAAGAUGACAUACUAAAAAUGUAGAUAAGUCAUUUUUUCCAUGACUGAGGGUUUGUAAUUAUUUGGAAAGCCUUAGAAUAAUAUUCCAAAUCUGUGUUUGAGUCUUAAUAUCUGUUUCACUUUAAGAUGGGAGUCAGUGCAGGUAGAAGAACAACAGCUAGAAAAGCUAGCAGUAAAAACUUAAAAGUAUUUUCUUUUGAAAGAAUAUUCUUAUUUAUUCUUUUCAAGAAUAGAAGUAUUUAUAUUAUUUAUUUUCUGAAUAUUUCCCCUCUAUCACUACAGAUACACUUUCUGAGACAUUGCCUGAUUUUGACUAUAACCAAGUUUUUAAGAAAUAUGAUUAAUCUAUUUGCAAUUAUAUUUCUGCUGUUGAAUAGAAAACAUAAAAAGCUGUCAAUGUUUUAUGAAUGCUUUUAUUUAACAAACUUGGAAACUUUAAUGAUAAGAAGUGUGGCUUAAAUUAAAGAUGCUUAUUUUUAAGAGUUUAUGUAAUAGGUUUUCAUUGUAUUUAUAUUACAAUUUCUGUUUUGCAACUGAAAUGAAUUUGCUUUAUAUACAUACCAACAUGUUGUUCCUGUUUUACAGCAAGUAUAGUUUUUAUUUCAGUUCAUUACAAACGAGAUACUCAAAGAAGCUUAAGUGAGAAAUGAAGAAAAACAUCUUAUGAAUAGAUCAUAACUGAUAACAAAUGUACCUAAAUUUUGAAAAUUACUUUUGGGAUACUCAGUUAUUCUCAGAAACACAAUUUUGCUUAUUAAAGAGUUUCUCUAACAAUACUCAUUUCUUUCCGCUAUAUGCACAACACAACAGUUACUUCAAUGAUAAAUAAACAUUUGUAUUAAAGAA